GCUACGAUAGUGUGACAGCCCUGUUUCCAGUCCACUUCCAGUCGAUACUAUAGUUCAUUGAGGAGUAGAGUAGAAUUAUCUACGUCUACACAUUUUCUUCAGAUCGACUGUAUAUUUUAGCUAAUCGAGAUAUAUCAAUUUUUUUAUUUUUUUUGUUAAUAGAAAAGAUACAUUGUUAGAGAGAGAGAAAAAUGGCUGAACCUAUAAAUGUCGUUGUUACCGGUGCUGCUGGGCAAAUUGCCUACUCUCUUUUAUACCAAAUCGCAGCUGGUACAGUUUUUGGACCAGAACAGCCAGUUAAUCUUAUGUUAUUAGAUAUCCCACCUAUGAUGAAAGUAUUGAAUGGUGUUGUUAUGGAACUGGAAGAUCUAGCUCUUCCUUUGUUACAAGAAGUUGUGCCAACAGCUGAGCCUGCCAAGGCCUUUAAUAACGUCGCAGCCGCUUUUUUGGUUGGCGCAAUGCCAAGAAAAGAAGGAAUGGAACGUAAGGAUCUCUUGGCUGCAAAUGUGGAAAUUUUUAAGGUGCAAGGUGAAGCAUUAGAUAAAUACGCUCGCAAGGAUGUCAAGGUGCUAGUUGUAGGUAAUCCAGCUAACACCAAUGCGCUUAUCUGUUCGCAUUAUGCACCGUCUAUUCCAAAAGAAAAUUUCACUGCAAUGACUAGAUUGGAUCAAAAUAGAGCACAAGCGGCACUAGCAGCUCGAUUGAAAGUUCAGGUUGAUAAAGUAAAGAAUGUCAUUAUCUGGGGUAACCACAGCUCUACGCAAUAUCCUGAUGCAGGACAUGCGACUGUGGAGCUUCCAUCUGGAACAAAACCAGUACCAGCUGAGAUUAAAGACGACGAAUGGUUAAACACUACUUUUGUAGAAACGAUUCAAAAACGCGGUGCUGCUGUAAUAGCCGCUAGAAAAAUGUCUUCCGCCAUGUCGGCUGCCAAAGCUGCUGGAGAUCACAUGAGAGAUUGGUGGUUUGGAACCAAGCCCAAAGAAUGGGUCAGCAUGGGCGUUGUAUCCGACGGAAGUUACGGAAUUCCAAAAGAUAUCGUGUUUUCCUUCCCUGUUACUGUUAAGAACAAGCAGUAUGAAAUUGUGAAAAAUCUUCCACUUAGUCCAUUUGCCGUAUCAAAGUUGGAGAUUACAUCCAAGGAACUAGAAGAGGAACGUGCCGAAGCAAACAAUGUAUUGAAGAAGUGACUAGCAACGUCAGUGCCAAACGAAGAAAUGGAAAAAAAAUUUAUGUCAGCAAAAUUGUAAAGAUAUCGUACAAUAUAUAGCAACAAAAAAACAAACAAGAGACAUAAUCACAUAUAUAUAGUAGGAAUAUUAUGUGGAUAAUAGUUUCCGUAUAAUAUUAACAUAUUGUUUUGCGAAUGAUUACAGAAACAGAAUUUUUUUAGUAUUUGUAAUUAACUAAAAUCCUUUUCAUGUGAUACAUAAGACUGUUGCAACAUCUCCUGAAAAUAACAGAGACAAACGCUUUUGGUUUUUGAAUCGAGAUAUUUGAUGUAGAUUCUACUUUGUUAUUUCAAACAUAUACAUACGUAUACAUGCAGGUUUACGGGCACAUGUUUGUAAUCACAAACAAAAAAACAUACAUGCAUACAUACAAAGUGUUCCAAAAUUCGUGAAUUACAAAUGAAAUACGAAAAAUCAGGAAUAAACAAUCUGUGAAUUUUAAACUUCAAGCAAUAGUUUUUAAAAUGCAGAAAUGUCUGAAAAAGAUGUUAGAAUUAGUGUAAAAGUAUUUGAUGAUAUUAUUAAUAUGAAGAUAUUAUGUAGUGAUAUAUAUAUUGGAAACGGUAUUUUUAUACUCGAAUACUGGAACACUAUAAUAUAUAAUUCAAUGUAAACACACUAUAAAAUGAGACAAUUUAGCAUAGAAGGUAAACAGAUGCUAUAACAAGUGAUUAUUAUUAUAGUAUGUAAAUGGUAAAGGUGUUGUUAUAGAAUACAUUACCCAGGUAUUAAUGUA